UCAGACGUAUUCACCGUGCAGACAACACGAGUUCAUGUUCGACCGUCAUCAAAAUGUAUUAUUCAUGCUGCUGCUCUUAUUAGCAUCGCCUCGUUGUCCCGUGUUGCGAGUCUCGUCGUGACAACUGUGGGAAGAAACACACAAAUUGUUUAUUUAAGUACAAUUUGUAUUAUUAUUUUACUUGAGAAUUUAGCACAAAAUACUUCGUGAGAUUUAGGUUUAUCUUGCGGUCUUUUAAAAUCGCUGUUUUUUGCCGCUUGGGAGUUUUUUAGACGACAAAGAAGAAUAUGAAACUAAAAUCCCCCGUGCUGUGGGUGUGGAUGGUACUCAUCGGAAUCGUGAUCAGCAUGUGCGUUGUCAUGCGCAAUUGGGAAUAUAGCCCCGUAUUCCAGCAACCGCCGUACUUAAGACACAUCGACGUAAAAAAUGCGACGACGAGCAUCCCAAGCACAGCCAAUCCGGUCGAUACAGAAAUUCAAUCUCUCCAGGAGGUGCUAGCGUGGCCUUCGCCGCAGACGAAUUACACCUUUGCCACGUCCACGAGUGCAACGAACAGCUUCUUCGAGAUCUUAAACAAGGGAGAGCUCCACGUGGGUGACACCCUCCGAAUCGCCAUCCACGCCAUGAACCACAAUAACGACAGCAAGACGUAUGGCGGCGACUACUUUCGAUUCAAAAUCUACUCCAGCAAGCUGAAAGCGGGCGCCUUCGGCUCUGUCCGCGACCUCGAGAACGGGCAGUACGCGGGCAACGUCACCCUGUUCUGGGCCGGCGAUGUCCAGAUCGACGUCAAGCUCAUCCACUCGAGCGAGACGGUGGAGCUGUUGAGGAGGCUACGCGACUCCGCGCCGGACAAGGUGUAUUUCUACGGCUACUUCGAGCAGAGCGGAGCGGCGAGCGAGAGGACCGUGUGCAACAUGUUCAAGCCAGUGGACGGCAACUCGAAGACCUGCGAGUAUCCCGAUCGGGCGACGGGGGAGGUGUGGUUCUGCGUGAAGCCCAAAAUCCUGCCGUGCGAAAGCCUUCGCUAUCACUCCAUGGGAAGUCUCAAAACGGUGACGACAAAAAAAGAGUCACCAUUCCUCAGCGCAAAAGUUACCAACGUGAAUAUUAGGGGAAUUCCAAGUAAAACCAAUGUGCUUCCAUUGGGGAAUUCAACAUUCAAUCCAGGAUCCGGAUUGGGAUUAUGCAAACCGGGACAUCCAGUUGCUACACCCAGUGGCUACUACAUCAAUGACAAGUGGGUCUCACUGGCCUGCAAAGCACGGGACUUUAGUUUGCCCGCAAACAUGACCGAGUGCCUAAGGGGAAAGACCUUCUACAUGUAUGGCGAUUCCACCAUGAGGCAGUGGUGGGAAUAUUUCACCAGCGCAAUUCCAGGCAUGCAGAUCAUCGACGUGCAUUCGCCAAAACAAAUGGGUCCUCUCCUGGCCACGGGGAUGGGCGGCAAGACAUUCCUGUCCUAUCGCAGUCACGGAUUCCCGCUGCGGUCCCAGAAAGGAUCCUUCGCCGCCAUGCACUACAUCGCCAACGAGCUCGAUGGCAUUCCUGGUGGCAAGGACACGGUCGUGGCUUUCACACUGUGGGCUCACUUCACAUCGUACCCCGUGAUCUUCUACGUGAAACGCAUCCGCAACAUCCGUGCUUCCAUCGUUCGCCUGCUGGCUCGUUCGCCCGAGACCCUGGUCAUCAUUAAGACGGCCAACACCAGCUACAAGUCGGUCAUCGGAAGCGACUGGCUGGCCAAGCAGCUCGACCAAGUCAUGCGGCGAAUGAUGGCGGGUUUGCAAGUCGUCAUUGUGGACGUCUGGGACAUGACCGCGGCCCACCGUUUCCCAGAUAGGAUUCACCCACCCGCCCUGAUCAUCAAGAAUGAAAUUAACCUCGUCCUGUCGUACUUGUGUCCCAAGUGAGGUCAAGAAAGCUCACCGCUUGUGGGGGGGGGGGGGGGGGGGGGGUUCUCUUUGUGGAUCUUCACAUCCGCGGCUCCUCCUCAACGAGGCGUAAACACUCCACUCCACCGAUUAGCACGGUUGGCCACGUACGAUGCGAAAGAAGUUCAACAUUUCUAUACAAAAUGAAGAUAGGUGGAACCCAUGGAGGAGAGAAGCUUUUUAGCUGUAUGACUUCCCAAAUCGACUAAAUAUUCGUCGGACUUUAUCGGUUGUCGCAGACUAUGGGGAAUUCGAAAAAACGACGUCGAUUUCGACCAGACGACAAUAUUACAAAAAUGCGUAACCGGUCGGGCUGCCGCGAGAAUGCAUCCAUCGCCAAUCCGCAAACUCACGAUUUGCAUAUGGUUUUGCAGUCGUGCUGUUCAUAUGUACGUUGAUCUUCUUCCGCACUGCACGUAGCCAAGCUGUACUAAACAAAGAAGCGUGCUGUGCGGGCUCUCCAUUGCGUUUUCGGGUUGUGCUACCCGCGUGUCGUCACGGCGUGAAGCUCCCAACACGUGGAGUGAAUCACCGUGCACAAUGACACACGCAGGACAACUAGAAACACACAUCGGAGAGCUCGAAUGCUUUAUUUGGUUGGCUGGUUACUUGGAAGCUUUAAAAUAAUGUUUAUUUUUUAACUCAGGGUUUUUCUUUUCUAAAGCAUUGCUCUUGUUUGUCAAAUCCAUAGGUUUACUAUUGUUAUUAUUUAACAGACUGUGUACAGAAUCUGGAAACACUGCUUUCCCAUAUUCUGGAAUGUGUUUCACAAAUGUCAAUAUUCUCUUCAUGAGAGCAUCUGCAAUGCUGUCGCGUCGGGUUUUAUUCCAAGAUGCUUGAGCUAUACUCAAGAGCCCAUGGAGAUUUGCUCCAAUAACUAAAAAUAUGAGCACACAGCCCUUGAGCGUGGGUAUGUCCACAGUUUAAUAAUGUCUUUUACACUGGAUUGAUGAAACAUAAUAAUUCUGACAUUUAUAAUGCUCAUAAUAUUUAACAGAUGUCAAUUACUGUGAAUCCGAGGCAUGGAACCAAAGAUUAAUGUCACUUCGAAGCCACGUAAUAGAGUUACUGUAGGCCUUUAAGUGUCUUUGAAAAGUUGGUGCAGAUUAAAUGGUGCGAAUUUAAUCGACCUCUGUGGUGGAGACUCGUGGCGGACGCUACUGGGCAGCUGGAGGACAGAAGAGCGAUGCUCGUAACAACGAUUGGAGAGCCGGGCGGGUAAAACGCAGCAAUUUGGACACAGCGGGGAGCAAAGUCAACUUACAACACCUGAGUUUGCCCCGUUGCCAGUGAGCCUUCCACACCUUUAUUUAUGGCCUCAAAUGGCACGUAUAAUUGCGCACUUUCUUGGAAACCCAUGACAUUGUGUUUUAUUCUUGUUAAUUGGUAACAAGAGUGGCAGGCGGUAUUGGAAACUUUUUCUGGGACUCGCCUAGGUCGACUCGGCCGUAAAUGGGCUUCUGAAGGGGUGUGUGUCAUCAUAGCGUAACCAGGGCCGUCGCGUCGAGCCAGCUGGGCCCCACCAUCAACAACAACAACAACAACCGCCAUUCGCCACUAAGUGGCGGUGACGUCACCACGACGCUUGUGCUAGGCCACGUGCACCUUGAGGCCACGUGAAGUGUCGAACGCCCGCUGGCAGGAGGUCACGGGGCAGACCCAGGUGCCACGGGUCGACUGAUGUGUGACGCACGAAGUUCACUACCAAAUGCAACAACUUAUGCAACACCAGCACUCAGCCUUCCCUUACCUGCUGGAACUCUGCCUUGCACACUCCUAAGACGAUACGGGGAAACGCCGCGUUCCAACUGAUGGAGGCUUCAUUCACGCACCAUCUGCAUUCACGAUCAUACAAACGUGUACCUAAGUCCUCGCACGCACCAAUUCGCAGUCCUCCAAGAGCCCCACGCAGAAUUCUAACUAAUACAGUUUUUUUUAUUUACCCGGCAAAGCUCAUUGGGGUGUGAUAAUAGGUUUUCCCCUCUUUUCUGGCAACAAAACAGGUGUUAAUAUGUUAAAACAACAAAAUGAAACCCUUUACAAGGAAUCAUGUCUGCAUUAACCGCAAUAUUUGUGGCCAGAAUGCAAAAAAAAAAAUACUCUGAUAGUAUAUGCAUUGUCCUUGAAACUGAUUGGUCCACACCAGAGACAGCAUUAUUUCAUUCCAGAGUGAACGUUUGCAGACUGCCAAGAUAUAUUGUAACGUCAGGCAGCUGUCCAAGGCCCCCCACACUACAGCAAACAAAAAAUAAUGCUAUUUCACCUAUAACGAGGCAAUCAACACACCCGUGACAAUAUGCACGGCAAAGCAAAUGUUGUUGAGUACAAAGGUCAUCAUAGCAACUUAUUUAUGAAACCCUGUGCUGGCUUUGAUGAACAUUGUAUAUGGGCCUUGAUCAAAUCCGAUAUGGGUCGUCGUCUAUACUAAAUGGCGACACAAAAGUAUGUCUACACUUUCAAAACGUUUUUAUUUUUUACAAAUUGUAGUUGUACUAAAAAUGUUUUUAAAAUGGUUUUAACCUUCAUAUCUGUACACCACUUGAUUAUAUUUAUCACCGCCUUAAACAUGCUCUUCAUCUGUGCUUGUACGUGUACAAGGGAUUGUAUUUAUAGGGAUUUGGUGAAUGGGAUUUGGAGCUUACAUAAAGGUGUGGAUUGAA